AUGUCCCCUCAGUCGUGGAUUCUGACCUGCUUUUGCCUGCUCUCCUCUGGAACCAGUGCAGUCUUCCUCAAAGGGAACUUUUCCAGAAGCUAUCCCUGUGAUGAGAAAAGGCACAAUGCCCUUGUGACUGCAGAAUGCAAUCAUCGUCAACUGCAUGAAGUUCCCCAAACUAUCGGCAAAUAUGUGACAGAUGUAGACUUGUCAGACAAUACUAUUAUGCACAUAACAAAUGAGUCCUUUCAGAAGUUUCGAAACCUCACUAAAAUCAAUCUGAACCACAAUGCCAAACAACAGCACCCAAAUGAAAAUAAAAAUGGUAUGAAUAUUACAGAAGGGGCUUUCCUCAGCCUAAGAAAUCUAACUGAAUUACUGUUGGAAGACAACCAGUUAUAUACUAUACCUGCUGGGUUGCCUGAGUCUUUGAAAGAACUUAGCCUAAUUCAAAACAAUAUAUUUCAGGUAACUAAAAACAACACUUUCGGGCUCAGGAACUUGGAAAGACUCUAUUUGGGCUGGAACUGCAAUUUUAAUUGUAAUCAAAUCUUUAAAGUAGAAGAUGGGGCAUUUAACAAUCUUAUAAACUUGAAGCUUCUCUCAUUAUCUUUCAAUAACCUUUUCUCCGUGCCUCCCAAACUACCAAGCUCUCUAAGCAAACUUUUUCUGAGCAAUGCCAAGAUCACAACCAUCACUCAGGAAGACUUCAAAGGACUGGAAAAUUUAACAUUACUAGAUUUGAGUGGAAACUGCCCAAGGUGUUUCAAUGCCCCAUUUCCUUGUGAACCUUGCAAGUUAGAUGCGUCCAUCAGAAUACAUCCUCUUGCUUUUCAAAAUCUCACUCAACUUCGCUUUCUUAACCUCUCUAGCACUUCCCUCAAGACGAUUCCUUCUACCUGGUUCGACAAUCUGACAAAUUUGAAAGAACUCCAUCUUGAAUUCAAUUAUUUAGUUCAAGAAAUUGCCUCAGGAGCAUUUUUAACCAAGCUACCCAGUUUACAAACCCUUGAUCUGUCCUUCAACUUUAUAUAUAAAGAAUAUUUACAAUAUAUUACUAUCUCCCCGAACUUCUCUAUGCUUCGUUCUCUCAAGAAGUUGCACUUAAAAGGUUAUGUGUUCCGAGAACUUAAAAAGGAACAUUUCAAGCCCCUCCAGAAUCUUCCAAACUUAACAACCAUUAACUUGGGCAUUAACUUUAUUGAGAAAAUUGAUUUCAAAGCUUUCCAGGAUUUUCCCAAACUCAAAGUUAUUUACUUAUCGGGAAAUCGCAUAGCAUCCGUAAUAGAUGGUACAGACCACUCCUCUUGGCGAAACCAUCUUAGGAAACCUCUCUCAACAGACUAUGACGAGUUUGAUCCACACAUGAAUUUUUACCAUAGCACUGAACCUUUAAUAAAGCCACAGUGUACUACUUAUGGCAAGGCCUUGGAUUUAAGUUUGAACAAUAUUUUCGUUAUUGGGAAAAGUCAAUUUGAAGGUUUUCAGGAUAUCGCCUGCUUAAAUCUGUCUUUCAAUGCCAAUGGUCAAGUGUUGAAUGGCACAGAAUUCUCAUCCAUGCCCCACAUUAAAUACUUGGAUUUAACCAACAACAGACUAGACUUUGAUGAUAACCAGGCCUUCAGUGACCUUCAUGAUCUAGAAGUGUUGGACCUGAGUCACAAUGCACACUAUUUCAGUAUAGCAGGGGUAACACACCGUCUAGGAUUUAUCCAGAACUUAACAAAGCUCAAGGUGUUAAAUCUGAGCCACAAUGGCAUUUACGCUCACGAAUGAAUCUGAGCUCUUGAAGCUUCAUCUCUGAAAAAGUUGGUUUUGAUAAAUACCUUGACACGUCUGUGGAAUGCAAAUGAUGGCAAAUACUGGUCCAUUUUUAGAAGUCUCGAGAAUCUGACACGCUUGGACUUAUCGUACAAUAACCUUCAACAAAUCCCAAAUGAAGCAUUCCUCAACUUGCCUCAGAGCCUCCAAAAGUUACAUAUCAAUGAUAACAGAUUACGUUUCUUUAAUUGGACAUUGCUCCAGUAUUUUCCUCACCUUCAUUUGCUGGACUUGGGGAGAAAUGAGCUGUAUUUUCUAACCAAUUGCCUAUCGAAGUUUACACAUUCCCUGAAGAUACUGCUGCUGAACCACAAUCAUUUCUCUCACCUACCUGCUGGCUUCCUCUCCGAAGCCAGGAAUCUGAUGCACCUGGAUCUAAGUUUCAACACAAUAAAGAUGAUCAAUAAAUCCUCCCUGCAAACCGAGACAAAAACAAACUUGUCUGUUCUGGAUCUCCAAGGGAACCAUUUUGACUGCACGUGUGACAUAAGUGAUUUCCGAAGCUGGCUAGAUGAAAAUCCGCAUGUCAGAAUUCCUAGAUUGGUAGAUGUCAUUUGUUCCAAUCCUGGGGAUCAAAGAUGGAAGAGUGUCAUGAGCCUAGAUCUCACGACUUGUGUGUCAGAUACCACUGCAGCUAUCCUGUUCUUCUUCACAUUCCUUACCACCUCCACAGUUCUGUUGUCUGCUCUGGUUCAUCAUCUGUUUUACUGGGAUGUUUGGUUUAUCUAUCACAUGUGCUCUGCUAAGUUAAGAGGCUACAGGUCUUCAUCCACAUCCCAAACUUUCUAUGAUGCUUACAUUUCUUAUGACACCAAAGACGCAUCCGUCACUGACUGGGUGAUCAAUGAGCUGCGCUCCCACCUCGAAGAGAGUGAGGACAAAAGUGUCCUCCUUUGCUUAGAGGAGAGGGAUUGGGAUCCAGGAUUACCUAUCAUUGAUAACCUGAUGCAGAGCAUAAACCAGAGCAAGAAGACCAUCUUUGUUUUAACCAAGAAAUAUGCCAAGAGCUGGAACUUUAAAACCGCUUUCUACUUGGCCUUGCAGAGGCUAAUGGAUGAGAACAUGGAUGUGAUUAUCUUCAUCCUCCUGGAACCAGUGUUACAGUACUCACAGUACCUGAGGCUUCGGCAGAGGAUCUGUAAGAGCUCCAUCCUCCAGUGGCCCAACAACCCCAAAGCGGAAAACUUGUUUUGGCAAAGUCUUAAACAUGUGGUCCUGACUGAAAAUGAUUCGCGGUAUGACAAUUUGUACAUCGAUUCCAUUAGGCAAUACUAA